CAUCUGAACCGGCUCCGUGUCGCCUCGCACCGGAUGAGCACCCUUCCCUUCCUCCUCCGCUCGGCCGGGUUUGGUGUCUUCCUUCCGGCUUGCCAGAAGAAAGUUGAGGGAGGUUCGAGCGGCUACUGGGCUUUUUUUUUUUAAACACAAUGGACAGCCAGGGAAGGAAAGUGGUAGUCUGUGACAAUGGCACCGGGUUUGUCAAGUGCGGCUAUGCAGGCUCCAACUUCCCAGAGCACAUCUUCCCUGCGCUUGUUGGGAGGCCCAUCAUCCGCUCGACGGCCAAAGUCGGAAACAUCGAGAUCAAGGACCUGAUGGUGGGGGACGAGGCCAGCGAGCUGCGCUCCAUGCUGGAGGUCAACUACCCGAUGGAGAACGGCAUCGUCAGGAACUGGGACGACAUGAAGCACCUGUGGGACUACACCUUCGGCCCGGAGAAGCUCAACAUCGACUCCCGCAACUGCAAGAUCCUGCUGACCGAGCCCCCCAUGAACCCCACCAAGAACCGCGAAAAAAUCAUCGAGGUGAUGUUUGAGACCUACCAGUUUUCAGGCGUCUACAUUGCUAUUCAAGCUGUGCUGACACUGUAUGCUCAAGGCCUUCUGACCGGUGUGGUGGUGGACUCUGGUGACGGCGUGACACACAUCUGUCCAGUGUACGAGGGCUUUAGCCUUCCCCACCUGACGAGACGCCUGGACAUCGCAGGCAGGGAUAUCACCCGCUACCUCAUCAAGCUGUUGUUGUUGAGGGGUUACGCCUUCAACCACUCCGCAGACUUCGAGACGGUACGCAUGAUGAAGGAGAAGCUGUGCUACGUGGGCUACAACAUCGAGCAGGAGCAGAAGCUGGCGCUGGAGACCACCGUGCUGGUGGAGUCAUACACGCUGCCAGAUGGUCGUGUGAUCAAGGUGGGAGGAGAGCGAUUCGAGGCCCCGGAGGCUCUGUUCCAGCCCCACCUCAUCAACGUGGAGGGUGUCGGAGUGGCUGAGCUCCUCUUCAACACCAUCCAGGCGGCCGAUAUCGACACCAGGACCGAGUUCUACAAACACAUCGUGUUAUCGGGAGGAUCCACCAUGUACCCCGGCCUGCCCUCUCGGCUCGAGAGGGAACUCAAGCAGCUGUACCUGGAGCGCGUGCUCAAGGGAGACGUGGACAAGCUUUCGAAAUUUAAGAUCCGGAUCGAGGAUCCUCCCAGGCGAAAGCACAUGGUGUUCCUGGGCGGAGCCGUGCUGGCCGACAUCAUGAAGGACAAGGACAACUUCUGGCUGACCCGGGAGGAGUACCAGGAGAAAGGAGUCCGCGUGCUGGAAAAACUUGGAGUCACCGUCAGAUAAAGCACUGGACGGACAGACCACACACACACACACACACACACACACACACAUUCAUACAUACACACACACACAUACACACAUUCAUACAUACAUGACAUACACACAUUUCCCCCUUCGCCCACAUUGCAGAGUAUAUAUCUAUUUAUCCCUCCUCUUCUCUCUUUCGGCUCUCCUCAAACAUCAGAAGGAACUGAGCCGUCACCUCCUCCGCUCUCCUCCUCCUCCGCUCUCCUCCUCCUCUCUCCUCUCUGCCUCUCUUCUCUCCUGGUCUGGGAUUGGCUCACACUUUUUUCCUCGCAACCCCCCCCUCGAGAACCAACUCCCUGUUUGCAGAUUUACACUGAAACCUCUCCUUUUACUUAAACUACGAAUUUGAAGGGUUGACGUCGCCCUGCCGGUGUGUGUGUGUGUGUGUUUCGUGGAGGUCGGGUGGAGAAGGUUAAAAAUCAGGUGCGGUUAAUGUCAAUAAGUUUGGCCGUGAAUGAAAUUCGGCGGGUAAACGCGGCGGCGAGCGUUCCUCCCUCGAUUAUUAAACGUCUGGAGGGGAUGAAUCGAUGCAAAUUUUCUCAGCAACUCGUAAGCGUCUAAUAUCACAAUCAGGGUCCACCACAAACAGCCACGGGCCGCUUUCAGCAUCUGUUCCAGGCGAGCGAGAACUGAUCACAUUUUUAUGUCGGUUUUUAUAAAUGAUAUCAUGACUUUUCUUUUCUGGGAGAGGGAUUACUUUUAUGUCUUUUUUUUUUUUGCUUUUUUUCCUUUCUGUUGGAUGUAUGAGUUUCGGUUUAUAUCGUUUUUCUUUUUUUUUUUUUUAAUUUUUGUUGCUGUGCACUACUACCAUUGUAAAUGGAGUGUAUCGUGGUAACAGAAGUUCCUCCAUGUUUUUAUGAAGAAUUGAUGGUUGAUUUAUAAAGGGACAAAUACACAAAGAAAAGCCCCUGAGCUUGACAUCGGGUGUGUGUGUGUGUGUGACGGUACUUAGGGGGUUUGUGGGUGGUGAGAUGAUUGGAUGUAUGUGUGCGUGUGUGUGUGUGCAUGUUGGGUAGGGAUGAUAUUUGUUCUUCAUCAGACAGCCUCGCCACUGCCUCCUCCUCCUCCUCUCUCUCUCUUUCUCUCGGUGUGAAUCUCGAGCUGAAUGAACGGGUGCGAGCAGUUGUAGCUAUAUUACAGACUGUGACGACGCCAUAGCACCUCACCUGUCGUAUUCCUUCAGAUCCACCGACGAGCAGGAGGCAGUCGCGGGCUUGACGGUGAGACGGCGAGCACCGCAAAACUGGGAAAAUAAACGGUAUUUCAUGGAUGUGGAAAACGCUGUCGUUCUCCAGUUUUUCACCCCCAACGGUCGACUUAAUGAUUACUGGAGGCACUUCUAUUUUAAGUAUGAUAAAUGUGUAUAUUUUUUUUUCCUCCUCCUUUCCACGAAAGUCUAUCCAGUGCCAAGUGCAGUUAAUGUUAACUGGAUCUCAUGUUUUUAAUGUCUUUUCUUUUUGUCACUGUUUGUUUUUAUUUUCCUGUAAUGUUCAUAGCAUAACUGCCUAACGCUGAUUUAAAUAAAGAAAAGUGAUUUAUAAGGA